UCGACUGGUGGGGGUGAAAAAUAGUGGAGAUUGCGCGAAAGCGUUCAUCGGGAAAAAAAACCGUGAAUAUCGUCAAAAAAAUAGCUAGGCGUUUUCGCGAAUCCGCCAAGAGAGUCAACCGUCCUUCGUUGGACACCGGCGGAACUCGUUUGUGCAGAAAGCCAGCGGUCUGCACGAGGCGGAAAAAAGACGUCGCCUGACGCUUCGGCCGGGGUGGGGAUGUGAAAUCGAUCGCGACGACAUGUUUUCGAUAAAGUGUCCGACGGACUUCUCGGCUCGGCGUUGAAACGAAGAUUGAAAGAGAAAGAGAGACCGCAUCAUCGCCCGUGGUCAUCAUCACGACGACACCCAUCGCCGGCCCGCCCGCCCAGUCAAUAAGAACAUUCGAAGUACAAUUAAAAUUCUGAAAUGAGCUAUCAAAUGCAAGGACAGCAAAACAGAAACAGUAUGUCUCACUCCAAUUACCAAGGGAGUGACCUACCAAUGGGGUCUGUAAAGGAUCAGACUUUACUAUGGCAACAGAACUCUUACCUUGCCGAUUCCGGAAUCCAUUCUGGGGCUACGACGCAAGCCCCCUCCCUUUCAGGAAAGGAAGAAGACAUGGAUGGCGAACAGCUGAUGUUCGAUCUGGAUCAGGGUUUCACUCCCGGCUUCACUCAGGAACAAGUUGAUGAGAUGAACCAGCAGUUGGCCCAGACAAGAUCGCAGAGGGUGAGAGCCGCCAUGUUCCCAGAAACAUUAGAGGAGGGUAUUGAAAUACCCUCAACACAGUUUGACACAUCUCAAGCGACUGCUGUCCAACGUCUGUCCGAACCGAGUCAGAUGCUUAAACAUGCUGUAGUGAAUCUCAUCAAUUAUCAAGAUGAUGCAGAUUUAGCUACAAGGGCUAUACCAGACUUGAUCAAACUAAUGAAUGAUGAAGACCAAGUAGUUGUGUCACAAGCUGCAAUGAUGGUUCACCAGCUGUCAAAGAAAGAAGCAUCACGCCAUGCCAUUAUGAAUAAUUCCCAGAUGGUCGCUGCUUUAGUCAGGGCAAUUUCUAACAGCAAUGAUCUAGAAACAACCAAAGGAGCGGUUGGUACACUGCACAAUUUGUCACAUCACAGACAAGGUCUGCUCGCAAUUUUCAAGAGUGGUGGGAUCCCAGCUUUGGUCAAGCUGCUCAGCUCUCCGAUUGAGUCGGUUCUGUUCUAUGCUAUCACCACUCUUCAUAAUUUACUGCUCCACCAAGAAGGGAGCAAAAUGGCGGUGAGAUUAGCCGGUGGUUUGCAGAAGAUGGUUGCAUUGUUGCAAAGAAACAACGUCAAAUUCCUUGCCAUUGUAACUGACUGUCUCCAAAUCCUGGCUUAUGGAAAUCAGGAAAGUAAACUUAUCAUCUUAGCUUCCCAAGGACCUAUUGAACUCGUAAGAAUUAUGAGAAGCUAUGAUUAUGAGAAACUUUUAUGGACCACUUCUCGUGUUUUAAAAGUUUUAUCCGUAUGCUCAAGUAAUAAGCCUGCUAUUGUUGAAGCUGGUGGAAUGCAAGCUCUUGCAAUGCACCUCGGUCACCCAUCACAAAGGCUUGUACAAAAUUGCCUGUGGACUUUGCGAAAUUUAUCUGAUGCUGGAACUAAGGUCGAUGGGCUCGAGGGUUUGUUGCAGUCAUUGGUCCAACUGUUAGGUUCUGCUGAUGUCAACAUGGUGACUUGUGCUGCUGGAAUACUAUCAAACUUAACUUGUAACAAUCAGAGAAAUAAAGUCACCGUCUGCCAAGUCGGUGGUGUCGAUGCUCUUGUCAGAACAAUCGUGACAGCAGGGGACAGAGAAGAAAUCACCGAACCAGCUGUUUGUGCACUAAGGCAUUUGACUUCAAGGCAUGUUGAAAGUGAAAUGGCUCAAAAUGGUGUACGUCUAAAUUAUGGUUUACAAGUCAUUGUCAAACUGUUGCAUCCUCCGUCUCGUUGGCCUUUGGUUAAAGCAGUCAUUGGAUUAAUAAGAAACUUAGCCCUAUGCCAGGCAAAUCAUGCUCCUUUAAGAGAUCAUGGAGCCAUACAUCAUCUUGUCAGACUUCUCAUCCGGGCAUUCCAAGAUAGUCAACGACAACAACAGAACACAUUGACAAGAAAUAAUGCCGUCAACAGUGGAAACCAGACACCUUCAGUAUAUGCUGAUGGCGUUAGAAUGGAGGAGAUCGUUGAAGGAACAGUCGGAGCACUUCACAUCCUUGCUCGAGAAAGCCAUAACAGGGUCAUAAUACGGGGUCAGCUUGUUAUUCCAAUCUUUGUACAGCUUUUGUUCAACGAGAUUGAGAACAUACAAAGGGUAGCUGCAGGUGUGCUCUGCGAACUGGCUUUGGACAAAGAAGGGGCUGAGUUGAUUGAGCAAGAAGGCGCUACAGCUCCACUCACAGAACUCCUUCAUUCCCGCAAUGAGGGUGUCGCUACAUAUGCCGCUGCAGUGUUGUUCCGAAUGUCUGAAGACAAGCCUCAAGACUAUAAGAAACGACUUUCAAUGGAGCUCACUAACUCCCUCUGUACUGGGAAUCUUUGGAACACUGGCGAUUUAAGUAUGCCACCCGAUCUUCAGGACAUGUUAAGCGAAGACAGUUAUGAUGGUUUGUACACAAACACAGCACCUAGUGUUCAAAGCAGCCAUGGAAGGACAACACCUUUACCAGGAUAUGACCAGAUACCAGUAAAUCAAAUGCUGACACUAGGAAGCCCCACGCCACAAGAUAAUUCUGUAUUUUAUCCUAUGGAUAUCGAUGAGGACCUAACAUUAAAUAUUUUAGCAGGUCUGACAUUACCAGAAAAUUCUAGUCAAAACCUCGAUUGGUAUGAUACAGACAUAUAGCAUUAAUGUUAUUUUAAAUUAAUCAUAGCACAUACUUCACACCAAACUUUAAGGAGUAUGGAUAAAACCAAAUUAUUCCUGUUUCUAUUGCCUAACAAGUAUUGUAUAUAAAAUACCUUUUUUUUUUUUUUUUUCUAAUUGAUAUUAGUUAGUUACCAAGUAAUCAACUUGAGAAGUUUUGCUUUUGUUUGUAGAAUUUGCCAAUUGAAAUUGUAUCCCUUUAAUAUUUAAGCGUGUUUUGAUAUAAAUUAUCAAACACUUUAAUUAGAUUUUCAUAUCAAAAUUAAAAUAUUGAUUAUUAGAAAAUGUUCUACUGUCUAUUAGAUAUAUCAGUAAUAUAAAGAUAGAUUGAUUUUUGUUUUUCAAAUGUAGGCACUUAAGUAAGCUUAUACAUAAAUGUGAUUUUAUUACUUUUAGCUAUUAAUUUUAUUGUCUACAAAAUCGUAUAUAAGUUUUAGACUUAAAAUUACUGUUUAUAAAAUAUGUCGAAAUUCAUUUUAAAUGUUUUAUUUUAUUUAUUGUUAGAUGUUCUUAAAAAAGAAAGAAAUAAAAAUAAAAAUUGAGCACAAUGUUCCUUGAGUGUUCAUCGUCAAUACAUUUUGUAUCGUGUUUUCCCCAUGUGAGUGACAUUUGUAAUGUGUAAAAGAAAUAUUUCUUUUGGACAUUUAUUCAUAUAAUGUAUAAGAAUUUUUAUGUGUUAAGCACUAAAAAUGUCAUCUACUAAUAAAACAUAUAUGCACAACAAUUAUAUCUGGAGUAUUGUAUCUUCUAAAUAAAUUUAUAUAACCCUUUAUAUACAAAAUAAAGUCAAUAAAGAAGUCCAAUAAAA